AUGUCAUACCUUCAACAGCUUGUGGAGCGCCAUCCUACCCACAUUUCCAAAGCUGGCGAGGACGAUCCAAGUUAUAGCAUCGGCGAGUUAAAGGAGCACAUUGAGACCUUGGUUCGCUACCGUGACGUCGAUGAUGCCCACAGCAUGCUGAGAGCGCUAGCCGUGAGAAAAGACCAUGCCGGACAAUUGAUAAGUGGUGCAUGUCUGGAUGCUCGCGUGAGCUCUGAAGAAUUCUUCCGUUUGCUGCCUAUCUCUGAUGAUCUUAUUAAGGUCGGCUUUGAAGAUCCGGCUCAGUAUCAAAAGAUCUAUGAUGACCUCAAGCAGUGGCUCAAUUAUGUGAAGGUCAUCGUCGCUAAACAAAGAGGAGCGGCUUACGAGAUGGCUAAGGCAAAAGGUCGUCCGUUCGUGUAUGAGAACUUCGAUCCCAUAUCAUUUUUCGUCAACAUUCUGAUGAAGGAAGGCAAAUCAGAAAACGUGUGGGCGUUUUUGGAAGAGCUUCGCAGGAUAAAAGCGAAACCGACUUUCGUACAAGAGACAACUUUGCAAUUGCUGAGCAACCACCCAGUCGUGGCUGAGAAGAUGUUGCAGGCGUGGGCAGAUGGUGGUUUGAAUCCUGUGCACGCGGCUAGAAGGAUGCCUUGGGAACAGGUAAGCCUAUUUGACUACCGCGCCGAGAUGGCCCCACUGCAGGAGUUCGUCAACUGCAAGAGACUCGAACAGGUCUUGAAGUAUGUGGCUCUGUACCGAGUGCAUCAUACUUUCGCGAUAGGGGAUGUUGAUUGGACGCUCACCAAAGUUCCAAGGGCGAACUUGCGGGCGUAUCUCAUGUUCCUACAAGGCCAUCAGGACGUGGACGCAGGAUCGAAAGAACUCGUAAAGUCUUUGCUGGCUUUGCAUGAGCCUACUGAUUCAGAAUUGGGUCUCACGUCCCAGAUCCUGUCAAAGCUUCGUGCGCAAGACACACCCUGGUCGACGGCUAUGGCCGAUCGUCCGCAAGCACUGCCGAAUGCUUAG